AUGUUUCCGAAUGUGCCCCGCUCCAUCCCAGAACCAAUUCGAUUCACUUCUGUGGUUGAGAUUCCUUCUUCCUCACGCCCCACUUCCACUUCUCACUCACCCGAAUUGCCUGUGGUUCCGCCUGGCCAGCAACCUCAGUCUAUUCCAGAUGAAGAAGUUCAAGUUGCAGUGGAACGUUGUGAGAUGGAGCUUGAGCCUGAACCGGAGUCGAAUGACUCGCAUGACUAUGAGAACUUACCUGAUGAUACCGUACCUGAACUCGAACCCGCAAAUACUCACCUCGAUCCAGAACCUGAUGCAACAUUGGAGCCAGUGGACAAUUCUUCCUCUGAUCCGGAGUCUCUCAGUUCUCCUCCUGACUCGCCCUCUGACCCCAAUACGUCCAAGUAUCAGCCAGUGUUUGUUAGCGGGGCUAACAAACCCAACAAACUACUCGGCCUGACAUCAUCCCACUUCGAAUCUGACUCUGUACGUUCAAUGGUCAGGCUUUUGUUUUUACGUUGGAUUAUUGCAACGGCUCUUCGACCGACUGCAAUCACCUUCUGA